UCAUCAUGUCUUUCUUCAGUAGACCUUCUUAAUUCUUGAGGCUGAAUUUCCAUUUUACAUCUAUCAAGGGUUUCUUUCUUCGAGAGGAAAUAUGGCUUGCAUUUACAGCAGCUCCGUUUCAUCAAUUUCUGCUAAAUUGAAUUUGACUUCUCCCCCCAAUUACAAGCCCAAAUUCGUUUGCUCUGUUGGAGGAGCUGUUGCGGAGCCAAAAGCUGUAAAUGCAACAGAGCCGUUGCUGCUAAACGCAGCACGAGGGAAAGAAGUAGACAGACCCCCGGUUUGGCUUAUGAGGCAAGCUGGGAGGUACAUGAAGACUUACCAAACACUCUGCGAAAAGCAUCCAUCCUUUCGUGAAAGAUCAGAAAAUGUCGACCUUGUGGUGGAAAUCUCUCUUCAGCCCUGGAAAGUGUUCAAACCUGAUGGGGUCAUCUUAUUCUCUGAUAUUCUUACACCUUUGACUGGAAUGAACAUACCUUUUGACAUUGUCAAAGGUCAGGGUCCUAUAAUAUUCGAUCCGAUACGCACGGAUGCUGAUGUGGCGAAAGUGAUAGAAUUCAAUCCCGACGAGUUUGUUCCGUACGUUGGGGAAGCUUUAACAAUCUUGCGCAAGGAGGUAAACAAUGAAGCAGCAGUACUAGGUUUUGUUGGGGCACCUUUCACCCUAGCAUCUUAUGUGGUUGAAGGAGGUUCCUCCAAGAACUUUACAAAAAUAAAGAAACUCGCUUUCUCAGAGCCUAAGAUCCUUCACGCGCUACUUCAAAAAUUCGCAACAUCAAUGGCGAAAUACAUACAAUACCAAGCAGACAAGGGAGCUCAAGCGGUUCAGAUAUUCGACUCGUGGGCAACAGAGCUCAGCCCAGUCGAUUUCGAAGAGUUCAGUCUUCCUUACCUGAAACAAAUAGUGGACACAGUGAAAAAGACGCAUCCAAAUCUACCGUUGAUUCUUUACGCAAGUGGGUCCGGUGGGUUAAUCGAGAGGCUACCGUUGACUGGGGUUGAUGUGGUGAGCUUGGAUUGGACGGUGGAUAUGGCUGAAGGGAGAAAGCGUUUGGGCGCUGAUGUGGCAGUGCAGGGGAAUGUGGACCCCGGUGUUCUUUUCGGUUCGAAAGAGUUUAUUACUGCAAGGAUUAAGGAUACUGUUAGAAAAGCUGGGAGAGGGAAGCACAUUUUGAAUCUUGGACAUGGGAUUAAGGUCGGUACGCCCGAAGAAAAUGUUGCUCAUUUCUUUGAGGUUGCUAAAGGGCUUAGAUAUUAGAAUGUGAAUUUCCGAGGCGUUUUUUUUUUUUUUUUUUUUUUUGUAAUAAGGAUGAUAGAUAUUUGACCAGAUUUUCUGUAGUAUUAAUUUAUUAAUUCUUCAGCCUGCUGUUUUGUUGUAUUACAUGUUAGCUUGAAGAUAACAUUUUCACUUUA